GAAAUCUCCGGUCCGCGAAGCCUGGGCGCGCUGAUCUCAGCGCGCGCAGGCUUCGGCAUGCCGGCAACUCUCCGCGAGCAGCGGCAGCGCUGCCGCUGCUCGCGGAGAGGUCCGCGAGCCUGGGCGCGCUGAUCUCAGCGCGCGCAGGCUUCGGCAUGCCGGCAACUCUCCGCGAGCAGCGGCAGCGCUGCCGCUGCUCGCGGAGAGGUCCGCGGAGCCUGGGCGCGCUGAUCUCAGCGCGCGCAGGCUUCGGCAUGCCGGCAACUCUCCGCGAGCAGCGGCAGCGCUGCCGCUGCUCGCGGAGAGGUCCGCGGAGCCUGGGCGCGCUGAUCUCAGCGCGCGCAGGCUUCGGCAUGCCGGCAACUCUCCGCGAGCAGCGGCAGCGCUGCCGCUGCUCGCGGAGAGGUCCGCGAAGCCUGGGCGCGCUGAUCUCAGCGCGCGCAGGCUUCGGCAUGCCGGCAACUCUCCGCGAGCAGCGGCAGCGCCUGCCGCUGCUCGCGGAGAGGUCCGCGGAGCCUGGGCGCGCUGAUCUCAGCGCGCGCAGGCUUCGGCAUGCCGGCAACUCUCCGCGAGCAGCGGCAGCGCUGCCGCUGCUCGCGGAGAGGUCCGCUGACGCCUGGGCGCGCGGAUCUCAGCGCGCGCCGGCUUCGGCAUGCCGGCAACUCGCCGCCAGCAGCGGCAGCGCGGCCGCUGCUCGCGGAGAGGUCCGCGAAGCCUGGGCGCGCUGA